ACGUAUUGUGAUAUCUGCGGUCAGGACUUUGCAAAUUCUGAAACAUUGAGACAGCAUAAAUCAACGCACUAUUUCUGUGACACUUGCGAACUCGAGUUCGAUAGUUCUGACCAACUUCGCGAGCAUCGCCUCGAAUCGGUUAAUCAUAAUUAUUGCAAUGACUGUGACGAGGAUUUCCCAACGGUGUCUGAUUUAGACUAUCACUGGCAAAGCUCCCAUUGGCAUGCAGACAAUAACGGUUGGGACAUAUCGGACUCUCCAUCCGAACCGGUGGCGUUCAUUGAAGAAAGUAGUGGUGAAGAUUGGGUGGAGAGGUUUCUUCGAUUGUCACUCGAUUUAGGCCCUCGUCAGACGAGUUUCUAUUGCAGUGAUUGUGAUAGGUACUUCAAGACGUCUAAUGGCCUAGACCAGCACAGGGCAACAGCAUCGGUGCAUAGGAAUGCUCGAGUGCCGCGUUCGGUUUCUACUCCAGAUGAGGACAGGUGCAAUAAACAGGGUUACAGUUGUCCACUCUGCUUUGACCAGGGCGAAGAUCUCAGUAGCGCAAAGUGUGGACACGUAUUCUGUACCACGUAA